AUGGAGAAUCCUGUGUUGCCCGUUUCUUUGUGUAAUGACAACUGCCUUCCUGGUUUCAGAAGGAAAAAGAAGGAAGGGGAGCCAUUUUGCUGUUAUGAUUGUGAUCCAUGUCCGGAAGGGGAGAUUUCAAAUCAAAAUGACAUGGAUUUCUGUAUCAAAUGUCCAGAAGAUCACUAUCCAAACAUGGGCCAAGAUCAAUGUGUCCUCAAAGCUGUCACCUACCUAUCUUACAAAGACUUUUUGGGUGAAAGUCUUACUUUUUCUUCUAUUUCUCUCUCUCUGGUCACAAUACUGAUUCUGAGAAUCUUUGUUAAACACCGAGAAACCCCCAUAGUCAAAGCUAACAACCGGAAUCUCACCUUCGCUCUCCUCAUCUCCCUCCUGCUCUGCUUCCUUUGUCCAUUACUGUUCAUUGGUGAACCUAAGAAGGUGACUUGCCUUCUUCGACAAACUGCUUUUGGCAUCAUCUUCUCAGUGGCUCUCUCCUGCAUGUUGGCAAAAACCAUCAUUGUGGUACUCGCUUUCAUGGCCACCAAGCCAGGGAGCUGGAUGAGGAAAUGGGUGGGGAAAAGACUGGCGUACACCAUCAUCUUUAGCUGCUCCUUUAUACAGUUGAGCAUUUGUGCUCUUUGGCUUCACACCUCUCCUCCAUUCCCACAUUUGGACUUGCACUCCCUUUCAGAAGAAAUCAUAAUGGAAUGCAAUGAAGGUUCCAUCCUCAUGUUCUACAUUGCCUUGGGCUACUUGGGAUUUCUGGCCAUCCUGAGCUUCAUUGUGGCUUUCCUGGCCAGGAAGUUGCCAGACACUUUCAACGAAGCCAAGUUCAUCACCUUCAGCAUGUUGGUAUUUUGCUGUGUCUGGAUUACUUUUGUCCCAACCUACCUGAGCACAAAAGGAAAGUAUAUGGUGGCUGUGGAGAUCUUCUCCAUCUUGGCAUCCUCAACUGGGUUACUAUGUUGUAUCUUCUUCCCAAAAUGCUACAUUAUUAUAUUGAGACCAGAAAGAAACAGCCUG